GAAAAGUGGUAGUGGUACAGACGACAUUUAUAAGCCUUCUAUAAAAUGGUUCGACAUUAUGGACUACAUUAUGAAAGUUAUUAAUUUAAAGGAGAAAGAAACAACAAGCAAUUUGGAAACCCAUGAUUUAACUGAAGAUAGCGUGGAUAUGUCACAAACUGAUGAGGACAUAAACAAGGAUGAUACUAUAGGCAUUGCCAGAACGCCAACAGCAAAAAAGAGGAACCUAUCCCCAAAAAAAGGAAUAAAGAGAAAUGUAGUUCCAAAAGAAAGUACCAUGCAUGCAGCAAUCAACGAGCUGAAAGACUUGAAUAAGAGUUUACGAUUACCACUUGAAGAAAAGGAAAACGAGUGCGACAUAAUAGGCAAACACAUUACGGUUCAAUUAAAGCAACUAUCUGUGCCGGAUAUGCUAAACGCGAAUGCUGAAAUGCAGCAAGUCUUAACAAAAUACAGACUGAAAAACCUAUAUAAUCCACAUGCGUCUACACCUUCCACAUCGUGUACUACACCAAUACCAACUGCAAGCGAACACUCAUUUUGCAGUACUUCUCAAUCGCCUCCUCACUUAUAUUCACAGUACUCACAUCAGACAGUACACACAAGCAAUACUAUGGAAGAGAUGUCAUCAAUGGCAAAUGAUACUGAUGACUUGGUAGCCCAAGCAAUAUUAAAUGCUAAUAUUCCUUAAAACCAAGAAUUCGUCACAAGUUUAAAUAAUCAUUUUCCAUAUAGUUAUAUUUAUCUGAACCAAAAUGUUUCAUGGAAGCUACGUUAUUUUUGUAAUAUUUGCGU